UCAGAAAAGGCAAGAAUAUAUUUUAAACGCUUGGCUUUAAAAUCUAGUGAAACGAAACUGACUAAAUCCACUCAUUAAAAAUGGUGGACUGUUUUGAGCAGGUCAGCUGAUAGAAGUAAACAACAAUAGCCAUGAAAAUGAAUAAGACAGGUCAGGGAUUCAGAUUGUAUUGGGUAAAAGUGAAAAAACUAUAUUCUUUUUAAAAAACAUCCUCGCAAUAGAUUUUUCUACAGCAAAAAAAAUGCUUGACAAGAUUCGAUUUCAGAAAAAUCUCAUUGGAUGUGUCAACUUUUAUAGCAAGGCAGGCCCAAUUACGUGCUGACUUAUUUAUAUAUAUUUUUUUUAAAUUGUAAUAAAAGAAAUAAUACAGUGAUAUCAGACAAUAACAUGUGGAGUGAUAACUCAUCUCAAACGAGCUAGCAGGCCCAUUUUACAUUAGAUGAAAUGAAAAUUAUAUAUACCUCAUGGCAUAUAAUCUGCAUAGGGGAUGAUGGUGGAAAGAUUCAAUUUCUAAUUGCACUAAACCUGAGAAAAAGUGCUGUAGAAAUAUCGAUAAAAGAUUUGAACUGAGAACUCGGGCAUAACACAUUCCUUGAAGUUCAAGCUCUGAUUGUUUUGAUUUCAAUCAGUGAAGCAGGAGAUGAUGCAGUGAUGCACUAAAAUUUUAUAUUUAUCUCUAUAAAAAGUGCUAAAAGCAAGAAUGCUUUUCAAACUUUUGUUAUUAAUUUUGAUUCAAUCUGCUGAAAUUUAUUGUAAAAUGAAUGUACUUCUGAUUAUUGCUGAUGACUUGCGACCGGCCUUGGGCUGCUAUGGUGACAAAAAAGCCUACACACCAAACAUUGACAAUUUAGCGAAAAACAGCUACAUAUUUGAAAAUGCAUUUGUACAGCGGUGAAUGUGCUUUGCAGCAAUCAAUUUGUGCCCCGAGCAGAAAUUCAUUCCUCACGAGUCGACGUCCAGAUACAACACGACUCUACGACUUCUACAACUAUUGGAGAGAGUUUUCUGGAAAUUACACCACACUGCCGCAGUAUUUUAAGGAAAACGGAUAUAAAACUAAAUCAAUUGGAAAGGUGUUUCAUCCUGGUAUAAGCAGCAACUUCACAGAUGAUGAACUGUACAGUUGGACUGAAACGCCUUUUCAUCCGAUGACAGAAAAAUUCAAAGAAGCUAAAGUCUGUUUCAGCAAGAAAAAUCCAUUUGUACUGCACAGGAAUAUAGUAUGCCCUGUUGUAACAAGGGUUCAACCGGGAAAGACAUUGCCAGAUAUUGAAAUUGCUCAAGAAGCUAUUAAAACGCUAAAGCAAUUUCAAAACCAAAGUGCACCUUUUUUUUUAGCAGUGGGGUUCCAUAAACCGCACAUCCCUUUGAAAUACCCGUACCAUUACAAAAAAUAUCACCCGUUGAAAAAGGUCGCUCUGCCAAAGGUACGACGGAAGCCCAAAGGUCUGCCAGAUGUAGCUUGGAACCCGUGGACUGAUUUGAGGGAACGCGAUGAUAUAAAAUCUUUAAAUUUGUCGUUCCCUUUUGAAAAAAUCCCAGACAACGAGGCAAAAUUAAUAAUUCAAAGUUACUACGCAGCAGUGACUUACAUAGACGAUUUAAUUGGUGAAGUUUUAAAAAGUCUAGUCAGAAAAAAUACAAUCGUCGUUCUUUUAGGAGACCAUGGUUGGUCACUAGGGGAACAUGGUGAAUGGUCCAAAUUUAGCAAUUAUGAAAUUGCAUUAAGAGUUCCAUUUAUAAUAAAAGUUCCAGCUAAAAAGAUUUACAACAAUAGGAUCAGGCAUGUCGUUGAGUUGGUCGAUUUGUUUCCAACACUGGUAGAGUUGUCGGGCCUGAAGCCCAUUCUGUCAUGCCCUCUGUGUUCAAAGGAAAUUUCAACCUGCACCCAAGGCAAGAGCCUUGUGCCACUCUUGAAAGAUUCCAAGGGCAAAGACAGUUACAUAGCAUUAAGCCAGUACCCGAGACCAGGGACGCAUCCCACACUCCACCCGAACAGCGACAAGCCGAGGCUAAAAGAUAUCCACGUAAUGGGGUAUUCGCUCAGGACAGCAACGUUUCGCUAUACAGAGUGGGCUCUGUUUGACAACUUUCUACCCGACUGGUCCAAAGCCAUUGCUGCAGAGCUGUACGAUCAUUUUUCCGAUCCACAUGAAAACCAAAAUGUUGUUAAUGAUCUAAAUUAUACCGAAACUGUCAAAUUACUGAGGGACAGGUUACAUAAUGAAAUCAACAAGUACAAGUUCUGCUGAGUGCUUUAUUCAAAUGAAACUUUUUUUUUAUAUUUUAAAUAAAUUAUUCAAACCCUUU